AUGUGUAAAUGAAAUAAUAUUUCAUUUAAAUAAUUCCAACACAAUUUUAAAUGUAAAUUUGUCAACGAUUUAUCUCGUUGAAAUAUACAUACACCGAACGAUGUAAAAAUAAAAUUGGCAAAAUCCCUCCUCUUUUGUUUCAUAGCUCGAUUUCUAUCCGUCCGAUUUUAUUUUCAUUUAUAAGAUAAUGUUCUGUCCUUCUCCAUCAUGUUCCAUGAGAAUAUUCCUUCCAACCUUCGAGAACAUUUAUAGUGCGCCUUUAGUUUUUCCUUUCUACGCACGAUCUCGAAAAAAGAAACGAAAAUAAUUCGAUAGAUUAUCGAUCUCGAUUUGGAUUUUGAAAAUUAUAAUGUCAGAAUUGUAAUAGCGAAUAAAUAUGUACAUUUUAUUCCGGGUAAAACUUCACGUCGUAUCUCGAUCGAUAAAAUGAUACGAUUAAUUAACCUCGAAUUAAUUAACGUCGUUAUAUCAUUGAUAUAACCUUUUUUUUUUCUCUCUCUCUUUUCGUUUCGGGGGGAAACGAAAUAGAAAAGAUGGGAGAUCCGGUUAAGGGGAAAACAUUGUUCGUGAGAAUGUGCUCGAUGUGUCAUACCGUCGGUAAAAAUGAGAAACACAGGGUAGGUCCGAAUCUUUUUGGAAUAUUUGGCAAAACGUGUGGAACCACGGCCGGAUUCAAUUAUACCGACGCGAUGAAGAACAAAAACAUCGUGUGGAACGAGAGCACGCUGGACGAAUAUUUACGUUUACCGAAGGAUUUCGUUCCCGGCACGAGGAUGGUGUUCACCGGUAUUAAAAAAGCUGACGAGCGUAAGGACGUGAUCGCUUAUUUAGCAACGUUGAAGUGAACAUUUUUGUAAAAUUGUCUUGUAUCUCGUUGCGAAGUAUCCUGUACAGUGUGGCGUUUCGACAUACAACGUAUAUACUUAAUAGCAGUUGCAAAGUGAAUAAAAUAAAGGGAAGAAAUUUUAAAACCCA